UUAUGUGUUAGAAUAUCAGCUGAUGCUAGAACAUAUUAAAGGAUGAAAUUGAGUGAAUAUUUUUUAAUUCUUUUGUGUUUUAUGUUCUUCUAUAAAACAUCAGGAGGACAAGGAGAUGUACCAGAAAUAAACAAUGGAAGCGAAGAAUUCUUAAAGGUACUUCAGAAAAUCAUUAGGGAGAGAGCGGAAGAGCUUAUUGAAACUAGGAGCGAGAAACUAUUUCUGAAGCUAGAAAGGAAGAUUAAAACCGUAAGCGAAACCAACAAACAGAUAACAAACCUCUUACAUCAACAAGCUCCAAUAAUGUUUCAAUAUACAAGUUUCAACGCAGAUUUAAGUGAUGUUCAAAGAAAAGUUACGAGAGAAUGUGACAGUUUGAUAAACAAUAGAAAAACUAAAUUAAUAAAUGAGACUGAACACGAUAUCAUUCAAUUUGUAAGUAAAAUGCGGGAUUACGUUUCCAAAACUACGACUGCUAUACAGACGGGAGUGUUACGAAGAUACAAUGACAUUUUGAGUGAUGUUGAUGCAAUUUCUGUUAGCACAACAGAGCUCCUGCGUUCUAGAGUAAAAAAUAUGCUCCAAAAUAUUUCAAAUCUUGAAUUAGAGGUGGAAAACCCGAUAGCUUUCUUUGCAACACUUUCCGACAAUGCUCCUAAGAAUGGUGAGAUAAUUAAAUUCGAUAACAUCAUAACAAACUCUGGGAAUGGAUACUCCGUCACAGAAGGAUUAUUUACUGCUCCUAUUGAUGGAUUGUAUAGUAUUCAUUGCUCAUUUCUUGUAGUAAAUGGUUAUGUAAAUGUAGAACUCACGAGGAACAAUAAUAAAAUAGGAAGAGGAUACGCAGCGGAAGGAAAACAUGAAAAUACUGGUUCCAUAUUUGUUACAACAGAUUUAAUGGAAGGCGACAAAGUAUAUUGCCAUAGACUUCCCGAUUACAGUACAGGAAUAAUUCGAGGAGAUUUAUACACCACUUUUUCUGGAUACAUUCUAUAAAAGCUUAGGUAUGCGUACCUCUUACUCAUAUGACUUUUAAUCUGGCAAGAUGUCUAUACUAUAUGUGUGACCUUUUUAUUUGUACUCAAUGACUGUUUGUCGAGGAUGUACAUACUCACUUUAUACACAUUUCCAUUCUUAAAAUAAAGUUGUUUACAUAAUA